AUGGAACGUGGUAACUCAACAGCGGCCCUGACCGAUGUCCUGUACAACCCCCAACAUGACCCUCCCGACUCCUGUGACCAACGCACUGACUUCUGCAGCUCCUCGGUUCAAACACGGCAAAAGGAGCUGGGCAAAAGAGUGACAGGCCUUGGCUUCGAGGUUACAUUCAUACCGAGUGUGGCAUCAAGGAGCCCCGAGCCAAUCAGUGUGGGCGUCAGGAGCAAACGCUCCACAGAGGGAGGAAACAACACUGGGGUUUGCGCAGGCGCCACCGGGCACUGCCGUGCCGGCGACUGGGUGAGUGCGCAGACGCAGCAGUGCCGGCACGGGCGCACGCGCUUCUGCACGUCCACAGCCGCCAUUUUCCCGCCGAGAGGAAGGAGGAGGAGGAGCGGCAACGUCGCCGCUAGCGGCGGAGCCCCUCCGCGGAGACUUCCACACACCGGCAGCGACAUCGCGAAGCUGCAAUCGGCAAUGGAGGGUGAGGGGCAGCAGCAGGCGUCGGAGGCCCCUGCCGGACCCUCGGGCGAGGGGUCGGGCCCCAACUUCCAGUGCUCGGAAUGCGGCAAGCUGUUUCGCUGGGCGUGUGUGCUGGAGACGCACCAGAGGUACCACAGCGGCGAACGGCCCUUCGAGUGCCCGGUCUGCGGCAAGGGAUUCGCCACGUCCGGCAACCUGGCGGACCACCAGCGGGCGCACAGCGGCGAGCGGCCAUUCCGGUGCCCGCUGUGCGGGAAGCGCUUCGUCUCGUCCAGCAACCUAAUCGCCCACCGGCGCACGCACACCGGCGAGCGGCCGUACAAGUGCACGGUCUGCGGCAAGGGGUUCGCGGCGUCACCGAAUCUGGCCGUGCAUCAGCGCACCCACACCGGCGAGCGGCCCUACCGCUGCACCGACUGUGGCAAGGCCUUCGCCGAGUCUGGAAAGCUGUCCCGGCACCGGCGCAUCCAUGGUGGCCGGCGUCCGUUCGCCUGCCCGGUGUGCGGCCGCGGCUUCCUGGAGCAGGGCAGGUUGGCGCAGCACGAGCGGCUCCACGCCGGGCACCGCCCUUUUGGCUGCGGCGCCUGUGGCAAGGGAUUCGCCAGUGCCGGCGGCCUGCUGGCCCACCAGCGCACCCACACUGGCGAGCGGCCGUUCCGCUGCGCCGCCUGCGGCAAGGGCUUCGUUACCUCCAGCAACCUGAGUGCCCACCAGCGCACCCACACUGGCGAGCGGCCGUUCCCCUGCGCCGCCUGUGGCCGCGCCUUCCUGGAGCCCAGCAAGCUAGCCCGCCACCGGCGCGUACACACCGGCGAGAGACCCUUCCUGUGUGCCGCCUGCGGCAAGGCUUUCACCCGCGCCGGCUCACUGCGAAGCCACCAGCGACUGCACGGUCCCACCGCGGUGGCCGUUUGAGUGUGCGGCACGCUCGCCUUUGCGCCCACUGUGCCCUCUUUGUGGAGGUUUACAGCACAGAUACAAACCUGUGCUGACCCGGAAAGCCUAAGUUAAUCCGGCCCCGUUUGCCAGCAUUUGGCCCCUAUCACUCGAAACCCUUCCUAUCCAUGCACCGAUCCGGAUGCCGAAUAAAUGUUGUCAUUGUCCCUCCAGCAUGUCCUCUGGCAGCACACGCACCACCCUCUGCGAGAAAACGUUAAACCUUCGGGGCCCAUUCCCACUCUCACCUUAAACCUGUGCCCCUCCAGUUUUGGGCUCCCCCCUACCCUUGGGGAAGAAGACCUCGGCUAUUCACCCUAUCCAUGCCUCUCAUGAUUUUGUAAGCCUCCAUAAGGCCAUGCCCCCUCAGCCUCCCAAUCUCCAUGGAAAGUAGCCCACAGCAGUGUCCUGUCUCCACAUUACAAUGUCCUGUGUACACACUGUGGCAUCCCAUUUACACAGUGCAUCAUUUAUACAUCGCUUCCCUUGUAGCCACUGCACUGUCCCUUUUACACACUGCUGUGGCGAUGUCCCAUUUACACGUCGUACAGACCACCUCCUGCAGACAGAGUCUGGAGACUUUCGAUGGGGGUGACAGGAGUGGGGAGUUGCUAAGCUUGACUGCUGGGGACCAGGACAGAAGAGGGAAGGUGUGGAUCGUGUUGGCUAAUGAUUCUGGUCACCAGUAUACAGAGUCAGAAAAGGGAACAUUCUGCUGUAAAUAAUCAGAGCGGACCCUCCGACAGUGCCCGCUCCCUCAGCACUGACCCUCCGACAGUGAGGUGCUCCCUCAGCGCUGACCCUCCGACAGUACCCACUCCCUCAGCACUGACCCUCCGACAGUGCCCGCUCCCUCAGCGCUGACCCUCCGACAGUGCCCGCUCCCUCAGCACUGACCCUCCGACAGUGCCCGCUCCCUCAGCACUGACCCUCCGACAGUGAGGUGCUCCCUCAGCGCUGACCCUCCGACAGUACCCACUCCCUCAGCACUGACCCUCCGACAGUGCCCGCUCCCUCAGCACUGACCCUCUGACAGUGCCUGCUCCCUCAGCACUGACCCUCUGACAGCGCCCGCUCCCUCAGCGCUGACCCUCCGACAGUGCCCGCUCUUCAGCGCUGACCCUCCAACAGUGCCCGCUCCCUCAGCACUGACCCUCCAACAGUGCCCGCUCCCUCAGCACUGACCCUCCGACAGUGCCCGCUCCCUCAGCACUGACCCUCCGACAGUGCCCGCUCCCUCAGCACUGAACCUCCGACAGCGCCCGCUCCCUCAGCGCUGGCCCUCCGACAGUGCCCGCUCCCUCAGCGCUGACCCUCCGACAGUGCCCGCUCCCUCAGCACUGACCCUCCAACAGUGCCCGCUCCCUCAGCACUGACCCUCCGACAGUGCCCGCUCCCUCAGCGCUGACCCUCUGACAGUGCCCGCUCCCUCAGCACUGACCCUCCGACAGUGCCCGUUUUCUCAGCACUGACCCUCCGACAGCGCCCGCUCCCUCAGCGCUGGCCCUCCGACAGUGCCCGCUCCCUCAGCGCUGACCCUCCGACAGUGCCCGCUCCCUCAGCACUGACCCUCCGACAGUGCCCAUUCUCUCAGCGCUGACCCUCCGACAGUGCCCGCUCCCUCAGCACUGACCCUCCGACAGUGCCCGCUCCCUCAGCGCUGACCCUCUGACAGUGCCCGCUCCCUCAGCACUGACCCUCCGACAGUGCCCGUUUUCUCAGCACUGACCCUCCGACAGCGCCCGCUCCCUCAGCGCUGGCCCUCCGACAGUGCCCGCUCCCUCAGCGCUGACCCUCCGACAGUGCCCGCUCCCUCAGCACUGACCCUCCGACAGUGCCCAUUCUCUCAGCGCUGACCCUCCGACAGUGCCCGCUCCCUCAGCGCUGACCCUCCGACAGUGCCCGCUCCCUCAGCACUGACCCUCCGACAGUGCCCGCUCCCUCAGCACUGACCCUCCGACAGUGCCCGCUCCCUCAGCACUGACCCUCCGACAGUGCCCGCUCCCUCAGCACUGACCCUCCGACAGUGCCCGCUCCCCAGCACUGACCCUCCGACAGUGCCCGCUCCCUCAGCACUGACCCUCCGACAGUGCCCGCUCCCUCAGUGCUGACCCUCCGACAGUGCCCGCUCCCUCAGCACUGACCCUCCGACAGUUCCCGCUCCCUCAGCACUGACCCUCCGACAGUGCCCGCUCCCUCAGCACUGACCCUCCGACAGUGCCCGCUCCCUCAGCACUGACCCUCUGACAGUGCCCGCUCCCUCAGCGCUGACCCUCUGACAGUGCCCGCUCCCUCGGCGCUGACCCUCCGACAGUGCCCGCUCCCUCAGCACUGACCCUCCGACAGUGCGCGCUCCCUCAGCACUGACCCUCCGACAGUGCGCGCUCCCUCAGCACUGACCCUCCGACAGUGCCCGCUCCCUCAGCACUGACCCUCCGACAGUGCCCGCUCCCUCAGCACUGACCCUCCGACAGUGCCCGCUCCCUCAGCACUGACCCUCCGACAGUGCCCGCUCCCUCAGCGCUGACCCUCCGACAGUGCCCGCUCCCUCAGCGCUGACCCUCCGACAGUGCCCGCUCCCUCAGCGCUGACCCUCCGACAGUGAGGUGAGAGUGACAGCGUGCAACAUCAAGACUGCAUUUGAUCAAGCGUGUCAGCAAGGAGCCCUGGCAAAACUGGAAUCAAUGGGCAUCGGGGGCAAACUCAGUCCUGGCAAGGACUUACGUGACACAUUGGAAGAUGGUCAUGGGUUGUUGGAGGUCAGUCAUCUUAGCUCCAGGGCAUCUCUGCAGGAGUUCCUCAGGCUAAUGUCCCAAACAGGCCCCGAACCAUCUUCUGCUGCUUCAUCCAUGACCUUCCCUCCAUUACAAGGCCAGACGUGGGGACAUUUUUGCCGAUGAUUGCACAAGGCUCAGGACCGUUCGUCCCCCUCCUCAGAUACUGAAGCAGCCCGUGUCCAAAUGUAACAGGCUCUGGACAAUGUCCAGGCUUGGGCUGACAAGUGGUAAGUGACAUUCACGCCCCACAAAUACCAGGCUAUCACUGUCACCAAUGCGAGAGAAUCUAACCACUGCCCGCUUGACAUUCAAUGGCGUUACCAUCACGGAAUACCGUCCCCGACCCCACUGUCAACAUUAUGGGGGUCACCAUUGACCGGAAACUGAAGUGGACUUGCCACAUGAACACAGCUAUGCGAGCGGGACAGAGCCUGGGAGCCCUGCAGCGAGUAACUCACCUCCCGACUUCACGUCGAAGCCUGGCAAGGCACAACUCAGGAGUGUGAGGGAAUGCUUUAAACUUGGCUAGAUGGCUUUGGGUCCCCAAGCUGUCGAGAAGCUCGACACCCUUCCAGGACACGGCAGCCCCCUUGGUUGUCGCAGCUUCCACCAUUUGCCACCACCGACGCUCAGUAACAGCAGCGUGUACCAUCUGCAAGAUGCACUGAAUAAAUAGAAACCUCGUGUAGCUCCUUCCAAGGCAACAGCUAUUCAGAUCUAGAAGGACAAGGGUAGCACCUACGCGGGAACGCCACUUUCUGCAAGCUGCGAGCCACUCAGCAUCCUGACUUGGACAUACGUCGGCCGUUCCUUCACUGUCGCUGGAUCUGAAUCCUGGAAUUCCAUCCCUAAGAGCGUUUUGGGCCAAGCUAUAGCAUGUGGACUGCAGCGGCUCGAGAACGAAGCUCACCAGCAGCUUCUGAAUGGCAACUCGGGACAGGGGUAAUAAAUGCUGGGCCCGUCCGGAGCUGUAAAUGUCCCAUGAGCGAAUAAAAGAAUAUUUACAGCA